AUGGACACCCAAGACCAGGAUUUGUCCAACUUAGCGCCCCAAUCGAGCGAGGAAUCGCAACUAUUUGCGGCUCAGCUUGCAGCGUUGAACGACCACCUCGAGAACUACUUCAGUAAAUCGCUUGAGGCGAGAUCCCACAUCAAAGCUUCUUUGGAUGCAAUGUCUGAGAAAGCCCGUGAGAUCAAGAUGAACCUGGAAGACUUGGUGAGCGACAUGGAGGAAUCAGAUUUGGAGAUUGAACAAGAGAUUCGUCCACCACCAACGGUCAACCCUCAGACGGAUUAUAUGGAAGCCACAUUCGACAGGGACAGAAUGGAACAGGAAUCUGAUAAGAUUAACUCGAUACUUGGCAGGAUAAACUCGAAGCUUGACUGGGCUGCAUGGAUACUUGAGAACUCACGCAAGAGUGCGAUGAUAAGAACGCCGACUCCAGAAUAG